AACUUAUAGAUCUUAUUUAUAUCUUUCAGAAACAAAUGUAAUACCUGACGACACUAUCAAUGGACAAAUUAUUGGAAUAGAUGAACCAGUUAUUCAGGAUAAACCGCAAUGUGUCAUUUGCCAAUUUGUAAUGAAAGAGAUUGAAGAAAAGCUGAAAGACAAGAAGACCGAUGAUGAUAUCGAGAACAUUGUGAAGAAUAUCUGCAAAAUUAUGCCUUCGACGAUAAAAACUGAAUGUAACAGUCUUGUGGACGAAUACGGAGAUCUUAUUAUUCAGCUGCUGAUCUCGUCUCUGGAACCGAAAGAAAUAUGUACCAGAAUAAACUUGUGCGCUAGCUCUGUCGAAAUUAUACGAGAACCGAUUCCAAACUAUACUCCCAUUGGUCAUCGUGUCGAUAUGCAGAAACCUGUUGAACAAGAUGGACCACAAUGUGUAGUUUGCCAGUUUAUUAUGAAGGAAAUCCAAGAUCAACUCAAAAACAAUAAGACUGAUAAUGAAAUCGAGAACAUUGUCAGAGAGGUUUGCCACGUGAUGCCCACUUCGAUAAAAACUCAAUGCGACGAUGUCAUAGAUGAAUACGGUGACGCCAUUAUCCAGUUGUUGAUUGCAGCUCUCGAACCGGAUGAAAUUUGCAGCAUGAUCAAAUUGUGUUCAAGUUAUUUGGAAACUGUUCGAGUAAAAAUUUUGGAGUGUCCCAUUUGCGAGAUGACUGUGGAGGUGAUGGAGAAAAUACUCAGCAAUCCCAGAGCGGAUCAUGCAGUUGAACAUGUCCUGGAGAAAACCUGCAGGGGAUUGCCGAUACAGUACAGAAGCAAGUGCAAGACAAUCGUAGAAAAUCAUGGCAAGGAAGUCGUCAAUCUCGUAACUAAACACGUAAGUUCGCACAAGAUUUGUGCAAAAUAUCAACUGUGUUCAUCCGAGAUUAGAAAGGACUCUCAAUUAGGAAUUCAUCGCUGUACUUAUGGACCAAGUUACUGGUGUCAGAGUGAACAAAAUGCUGAUGAAUGCCACGCCAGGUCUCACUGUCAAGCAAGAGUUUGGCUUGGACCGAAACCCAAUAAUACCAAACUAUUGGGAGCUGAUCAUUGCUCUCGUGGUCCAGGAUACUGGUGUCAAAGUGAGGAAACGGCAAAUGAAUGUGGAUUUGGGGCUAGGUCUCACUGCCAAGUGAAAGUUUGGCGUGGAACCAAACCGAAUAAUAAUAAACUAUUGGGAGCUGAUCAUUGCUCUCGUGGUCCAGGAUACUGGUGUCAAAGUGAGGAAACGGCAAAUGAAUGUGGAUUUGGGGUGAGUUGGGCAGUUUGUUAGGUUCAUGUCAAAGUU